AUGUACAACAUCGUACAUCUUCGCUGGGCUCAACGAGCGGCCAGAGGGCCGCUCUCACCUCUCACCUCUCGAGAUCCCCGCAUGGGCCUGUUCGAUGCUGCCACUCCACUCCAGAAGCGCCUUCUCAAGAUCACCUCGACAUUUGAACUCCUGGCGGUGCCGUCCUCCACCGUCAUCUUUACUGCCCGCACCCAGCCACUCUUGGCGGUGCCGCCACCCACCGUCACUGAGGUAGUGGUCACUGCCAGCCAGGCACACCGCGCCUUAGACUGGCGAAGGUCCAGCAGUGAGGGUGGUCGGCUCAUAGGAGCCACCUCACCGACGACGGGCUGUGCUGGUAUGGGCCAAGCCCCCAUGAACCAGUUCACUGAUCCGAACGACACAACCGUCUUCGUCGGCGGCCUGUCGGGCUACGUGACCGAGGACGAGCUGCGUUCUUUCUUCCAGGGAUUCGGCGAGAUAACUUACGACAACCCUGGCGGCGGCGGCCUGCAGCCCCACGCGACUGGCUGCGGCCUCGCCCAGCUCGUCCACCACCAUGCCGGCGCCAUGGGGAUCAACCAGAUGCAGGGAUAUCCUACCGCGGCUCCCGGCGCUCGUUCGCGCAGGCAAUCGGUGGGAUGGCGGAUCUACUGCGACAAGUGGAUCCAUGACGGAUCUUGCGCCUUCACCCAGCAGGGCUGCAAGAGGAGCCCCGGUCUCUUCCACGGAUAUCGGGAGUGGCGAAAGAAGAAGGAGAUCAAGCAACAGAGGUUGCUCGCCAUCGACGACCGUCCUGCGGCCCUCGACGCAGGCCCUGGCCACGUUGGUGAUGCUGUUGUCCAGGCCAGCCCUACCUCUGCGACCCGGGCCACCGGAGGCAGCGGCAGCGCCGACCAUGCCGCCUCCUCAGUCACACGGGAAGGGCUGUGGCUUUGUCCAUCGAGUACCCAAUCGCCCCUUGCCACAAAUACAGAAACUGUCUCUUGUACGCCCAAAAGGUCAAAGGAUGUUGGUGUCAUUUCAGAAAAUACCCUCAAGGAGGUCAAGGUCCACGACUGGGCUUUAGUGAGACAGGUCAAGGUCGACAACACAGCGCACUCGGCCCACAACGAAUUCAAACACACCAGACAAACCAAACACCUAGAGGUGAUCGACUGGGGAGCUAGACUUGGGCAUCAGAGGAUGCCCAUGGGCGACCCGACGCUGUCAGAGUACUGGGGUCCGAACGGCAUCACGUCGUUGGCGCUUUUCCAGCACCACGAGGAUCACAUCGGUCAAAACAGUGUCGACAAGGAGGAUGGGUUUGACCGGAGUGGUGUCCGCGGCAUUCCCCAGGGCAAGUCAGAGGACCUGCUCGAGGAGACGCACAUUCCGAGGUUAUAA